AUAACAAAUAAUCCUUGCUCUACGCUAUUCAGUAAUUCAUUAACUGUACUAGUUUUGUUCAAGACACAAUUCAAAUUGAAUUUGACUGACGGUCUAAAAACGGGAAAAGGAUUAAAAAAGAAGUACUUGAAUUACACAAAGAUAAAGUGAAUUUAAAAAGCUCAAUAAGCAGCUAUAAUUAAAGCGGAAUAGGACAUAGUCGACGGAAGCAUAAACGGAUAAAAAGUGAAAGAAUCAGUUGAUGUGUAAAAUAUAAAGUCGAUGUGUAUUUGAGCAUAUUCGAUAAUUUGGGUAUUAUAGCAGACGUUUGGGUAUUUUGGGUGUAUCGAGUGUGUCUACAUCAUUUUAUUUGAUGAUCUUUUAAAAAAGAAAUAGUGUGAAUUUAGUUGUUAGAUAAAGAGUUAUCAAUUCAAGAUCAAAUAUGAGUGCAGCUUCGCAAGCACCUGCCACACUUCCGCUAAAAAAAGGAAUCGUAAAGCAAGUUCUAUCUGGUGAUUCAGUAAUCAUCCGUGGACAACCCAAAAAUGGACCUCCCGCUGAGAAGCAAAUCAACUUUAGCAAUGUAAUUGCUCCAAAACUUGCACGUCGUCCAGCCAAUCCAACUGACGAAGCUUCAAAAGACGAGCCAUGGGCUUGGGAAGCAAGAGAAUUCCUUCGUCAAAUGAUUGUUGGAGAAGAAGUUUACUUCCAAUGUGAGAGAAAGCCGAAUGCAACCCGCGAUUAUGGUGUGAUUUUCCUCGGAAAAGAUCCAAACAACUUAACAAACAUUACGGAACUAGCUGUUUCUGAGGGCUUACUACAAGUUCGUCGUGAAGGCGUUCGCAGCACUCCAGAAUUGCAACGUUUGAUUGAACUUGAAGAUCAAGCUAAGGCACAAGGCAAGGGACGUUAUGGAUCAACAUCUCCCGUCGCUAGAAGUAUUGUUUGGCAAAUUGAAAACCCUCGUUCCUUUGUUGAUUUGCAAGCAGGAAAACCUGUGAGAGCAAUUAUUGAGCAUGUUAGAGACGGUUCAACUGUUCGUGCUUUCCUUUUACCGGGCUUCCAAUAUAUUACACUUAUGAUAAGUGGAAUUCGUUGUCCAGGCUUCCGUUUAGAUGGUGAUGGAAAACCUGAUCCAUCUGUUGUUGUUCCUUAUGCUGAGGAAGCACGUUUCUUUGUUGAAUCCCGCUUAUUACAACGUGAUGUUGAGAUCGUACUAGAAUCCAACAAUAAUCUCAACUUUGUUGGUACAAUCAUGUUUCCUAAAGGAAAUAUCGCAGAAGCUCUCCUCCGUGAAGGAUUUGCCAAGUGUGUUGACUGGAGCAUGGCAUUCAUGAAGAGUGGUGUUGAUAAGUUGCGUGCAGCUGAGCGACAAGCUAAAAAUAAUCGUUCACGCCUCUGGAAAGACUAUCAACCACCAACUGCCCAAUUUAGUGGAAAGGAAAAAGACUUUACUGGUAAUGUAGUUGAAAUUCAUAAUGGUGAUGCCGUUAGUGUCAAAAUGCCCAAUGGACAAAUCAAGAAAGUUUUCCUAUCCAGCAUUCGACCACCAAGAGAACCUGCAAAAGUUACUGCUGAUGGCGAAGAAAGCAAGCCAGUUUUAUCGAACAAGUCAGGAAGACCACUUUUUGAUGUUGCUUGGUUAUUUGAAGCUCGUGAAUUCCUUCGUAAAAAGCUCAUUGGAAAGAGUGUAAAAUGCACACUCGACUAUGUCUCUCCUGCUCGCGAUAACUUCCCAGAAAAGUUCUGUUAUACUGUUUCAGUUGGUGGAUCUAAUGUUGCUGAAGCUUUGGUCAGCAAAGGCUUAGCAACUGUAAUUCGCUAUCGUCAGGAUGACGACCAACGAUCAUCAAAGUACGAUGACUUGAUGGCAGCUGAAGCACAAGCAACGAAGCAACAAAAGGGAUUAUUUGCUAAGAAGGAUGUUCCAGUACAUCGAAUCAAUGAUUUGACAACAUCUCCUGAAUCAGCACGCAUUAAGCACCAAUAUUUGCCAUCAUGGCAACGUGCUUUGAGAACGGAAGCAAUUGUAGAAUUUGUUGCGAGCGGAUCUCGUUUCCGAUUAUUUAUUCCUAAAGAAUCAUGCUUAGUAACAUUCCUUCUUGCUGGAAUUACCUGCCCUCGUUCAUCACGUCCUGCAAUUGAAGGCAAAGAUGCCACAGUCGGUGAUCCAUUUGGCGAUGAAGCUUACAACUUUGUUAAAGAUCGUAUUUUGCAACGAGACAUUAGUGUUCAUUGCGAUACAGUCGAUAAAGCUGGAAAUGCUGUCAUUGGAUGGUUAUGGCUUGAAAAUAAUGUCAAUCUUUCCGUUGCUCUCGUCGAGGAAGGUCUUGCAACUGUGCAUUUUACUGCUGAAAAGUCUGAACAUUAUCGUGCAUUAAAAACCGCUGAAGAUCAAGCUAAGGCAGCAAAGAAAAAGAUUUGGGCUAAUUGGGUCGAACCAGUUGCUGAAGAGCCAAAAGCUCAAGAAGCUGACGAUGAAGUUCCAGAGACAUUCGAAGAAAAAGCUCCCCCAGAACGCAAAAUGAAAUUAGAGAAAGUUGUCAUUACGGAAGUAACACCAGAAUUGCAUUUCUUUGCUCAAAGCACAGACAGUGGCCCGAAAUUGGAAAAACUAAUGUCUAAAUUGCGUCAAGACUUUAAGGCAUCUCCACCAGUUCCUGGAUCUUUUACUCCAAAAAGAGAUGAUCUUUGUGCUGCAAAAUUCUCAGAAGAUGAGGAAUGGUAUCGUGCUAAAGUCAUUAAAUCUGAUAAACAUCAAGCUACAAUCAAGUACAUUGAUUAUGGUAAUACUGAGACCGUUCCAAUAACCCGCCUCGCUUAUCUUCCACCUGCCUUUACUUCUGACAGUGCUUUCGCCCAAGAAUAUGCACUUGCAUGGGCUAUCCUUCCGCCAGAUGAAGAGGAUAAGAUCGAAGCUUAUAAAACAUUCGCUCAUGACGUUUUAAACAAGACUGUCAACUUGAAUGUUGAGUUUGUAAACAAUGGAGUAUCAAAUGCUACUUUAUACGACGUCACAUCGAAGGCAGAUCUUGGCAAAGGAUUAGUACAAGAUGGUUUCAUUAUUGUCGAGAAGCGUCCAGGCAGAAAAUUCGCCAAAUAUGUUAAUGAAUAUAAGGAAGCAGAACAACAGGCUCGCAAGUCUCACAUUGGCAUUUGGAAAUACGGAGAUAUCUCCGAAGACAAUGCCGUUGAAUUCGGUUAAUGCAGAACAGAAAUUGCAUCACGUUUUUUUAAUUUCUUUAUCGACGUUAAUUUUCUUAUGAUUAUAAUAAUAAAGCAUGAAUUUUCUUCUUCCUAGAAUGGAUUAUGGUUAAAGGAACACGAUUCAUUGAAUGAUUUUUUUUAUGAUAAUAAUAAGCAUCCCCCACGACAGAGACACGUGGAUUUAAAAAAAUGAAACCCAUUAUUAAUUAUUAUUUUUUGCUAAAAUUCAUGCAAACAAUUUCUAUUACUGGAUUAAUUGAAUAUAUAUGAAUGAUAAUAAACAAAAAAAAACCAAUAUAAAAUUUUUCAAAUUGGAAA